AUGGACGAGACUCCUGGGCUUCAAAUGGAGACUGAUGUGUCUUCCACGACUGGCGAUGUAUCUGAGACCCAGCAGUUGCCCGGUUCGCAUGGUGAUGUCGAAAUGGUUGUUGUUGUGGAGAAGGUUCAAGAGGAAAAUGAAGCUCCUAGUGAUAAGAAGUUAUCACCAUCAAAGUCUGAUGAUAAUGACUCAACGCGCUCUACAAAAGAUUCUCCACAGGCAGACUUACAAACACAGAAAACUGUAAGUUCACCUAAUACAGAGAUCCAGGUAACUGACAUGAACAAUAAGAAUCAAACACAGAAAACUUCACCCAUUAAGGACAUUGUAACAAUAAGUGUAAGUCAAAAAGCACAAUCACAAGAUUUUGCCAACUCUUCUAGCAACUUAAAUCAAAUAAUAAACACAAUGAAAACAAAUGAUUUGGCUAGUGAUGAUAUCCAAAUAGUGGAUAUCACUGAAAACAACCAACCUCAGAGGUGUAACAAUCCUCCUAACAAAGAUUUGAUUCAAAAUAUUCAAAUACAGAAAGCUACUAGUAAAGAUAUUCCAAUAAUAGAUAUCAGCAGUAAGACUCAGCCUCACAAGACCGUAAUAUCUCCUACUAAAAAUAUUCAAAUAAUAGAUGUAAGGCAAAAAGGCCAAACACACAAAAUUAUAAUCUCCCCUACUAAAGAUCUCAAUCUAAAGAAGACACUCAAAGUAGUUUCUCCUGUUAAGGAUGUCCAAAUAAAGGAGCAAAGCCAGGAAAUGUCUGUUAGCCAACCAGUAAAAUCGGCAGAACUACAGAAUAAUGAAAUUAUUGUUGAUUCUCCAAGUGAGACUCUGAAUUUAAAUGAAGACAAGGAUAAACUCAAUACUGAAAAUGUUAAAAGUUCUGCCAGCCCGAUCCCUCAAACAAGCUUACACACCAAAUCCCCUGUUCAAUCAACAGAAGACACGCAGACAAGCGACGAAAGAAUAGAAACAUUUGAUGGUGAUAAUAAGGAUGAUAAAAAAGAUGAAAUAGUUUUUAAUACUUCAAUUGACAUAUGUGAAAAGUCAAAUGACUCUCAGACAAACUCUGAUAUUUCUGAAAAAGAGCAUAAUAAAAGUAUAAGUAGAGAACUAAAGUCCCUAAUAAAAUCUGCAAAAGAAUCAAAAAUAAUAAGCGAAUGUACACAGCUCACAAGUAAAACUAGAAAGUCAAGAGUUAAUCCAGAUAGUUCUAAUGUGAGUUUAAAUACAUCAAUAGAGGCAGAUAAAAUACAAGGGGUCAGACGUAGUAGUAAUAAUUCACAAAAAAGUAAUUGUAGUGAAAAGUCUGAAAAGGCACCAAAAAGGUCUAUGAGGUCACAGAAUCCUGAAUUUGUGAAUAAGGUAAAACAAUUUCUUAAUUCUGUCACGGGUAAGAUCCAUAAGGAAUCUGAUGAUGAAGAAGUCGAUGAACAUAAAAAGGAUAUCCGUAGUGAGAGCAUGUCACCAUCUCCAAAAAAGAAAAAACAAUUGGAAGCUUCACAAUCUGAAAUUGUUCAAGGACUAACUAAGCUAAGGUCAGACUCAUAUUGCUGGCGAUGUCACUGGGCAGUGGAACAGGUGGUGAAUGAUAAAGGACACCCACCUAUGCAAUGUACCGUAUGUCCACGGACAUUUCAUUACAAGUGUCUGUCCGGCACAGAGAGAAGUAAAAUAACAUCAGAAAAAACUUGGGUCUGUCCUGAAUGUUUGGCUGUGUUACACGCUGAGAGCUCUGAGACUAGGUCGCCAGCCAUGAAGAAGAUCUCAUUAGGUCACCUCUGUGAGCUAUUGCAGUAUGCUUUGGAAAGGAUGAUGGAUCUCAAUGGGGUGGAACCGUUCAUUAAUCCCGUAGACCGGGAAGCAUUCCCCGACUACGAAAAAUACGUCGUUCACCCGAUGGACCUCACUCUAAUGAAGAAAAACAUUGCUAAAGGGCUUUAUGGCAGCACAGAAGCUUUCCUAGCGGACGCGCAGUGGAUAUUGCACAAUAGCAUCAUAUUUAAUACACUACAAUCGAAGUUAACGGGGGGAGCCCGGGCUCUGGUGCGGUCGUGUCGAGCAGAGAUGGGGGAGAUCGAAGCGUGUCCCGAAUGCUAUGCGGCAGCUCACGCUCGCAGACCUACCUGGUUCACUGACGUCUGCACCACACCGCAUAUGCUGUUAUGGGCUAAACUUAAAGGUUUUCCCUACUGGCCGGCAAAAGGUAUGUCAGUCAACAGUGCAGGUUUAGUCGACGUUCGUUUCUUCGGCGCCCACGACAGAGCCUGGGUACCCGCGAGGGACUGUUUCCUGUACUGCGAGAAAGAUCCCAACAAUUUCAGAACAAAGAGACAGGAUAUACUUGAUAGCAUGCAGGAAGCGGAGCAGCACAUCCGUAACAUUUCUCGAAAAUAUGGUAAAUUUCUAUACGCGCCGUUUAAAACACCGUUUGAUCCAACAAAACUAACGGAACAACUGAAAAUGAUGAUACCGUCAUUUGAAGGUGAACUCAGAAAUCCAAUAAAGGAAAAGACAAAUUCAUCACCUAAUCCCGCGAAAGAGAAGAGAAGAUCAAAUUCAAAAAGUUCAAAGGGUUCUGUGAACGAGGGUGAUAUUAGUGAAAAUGAAGAACUUCAAACUACCCCAUCUAGAAAGAUGGCAGAUGGAGCAGAAAUUGCUCGCGAUGAAGGGGAAGAAGACUUCUGCAUUGAAAAAGAUAAAUCAAUGGAAAUAGAAGUAUGUCUUCCUAAAGAAAAAGAGAUUUCAAGGAAGCGCCGUAGAUCUGAACUUGAAGAAGCAGUUAUUACGAUAAUUGAAACUAGUAAUUGCGAGAAAAGGAAAAAAGUAGACAUCGAAAAAAGUGAUACUGUAGUUGACUCUGAUUUAGAAAGUAGACAGGAAAAACAGACAGAAGAUAAAUCUAAUACUGAGGAUACUCAUAAGAUAACAGAAACACCUACUGAUGAAAUUGAUACAGUGUCAUCAGCAACAUCUAAGAAUAAUGUUAUAGAAUUAACAAAUCUUCUAACAGAAAAGGAACCCACAGCUGAAAAAACUCCCGUAAAAAUAAAUAUAAGAAUGAAGUCAACUAGAACAAGCACCCCAAAAGAAAAAGAUGAAAAAUCAGCCACGCCAAAGCUGAGGCCUAUGAGAUCAGAUAAAUUAACUCCUGUUGAAAAAGAAAAACAAGAGUCUAAAGCCCAAAAACGGAGAAAUUCUAGAAACAGAUCCGUGAAUAAUAGUCAAGGAGGAAAAGUGGAAAAAUCUACAGAAAAGAAAAGUGAUAAGGACAACACUAAUAGUAACUCGAAAGAUAAAAGUAAGGAAACGAACAUUUCAAAAAAUAAAGACACUGAAACAGAUAAGAUCUCAGAUAAGUCUAAUAAAUCUAAUGUAACAGAUAGUCCAAGAAAUUCUAAGGAUAAAAGUCACAUUGAUGAUGAUACGUCGUUAGCUGUGAUAGCACGCGAAGUCACUAAGAGCACUAUUCCAGGUCUUCCAACAAUUAGUAGUGUCUGUAGCCUUUCUACUUCACAGAAUUCAGAAACAAGUACUAAAACAGCAACAAAUACCAAAAAUAACGACACUACAGUUACAGCAAAUUGCGAUUCAAGUAUAUUUACCCCAACUAGUACUGACAACGUUCGUAAUAUGAAGGAGGCUGUAAAUAAACUGCAGAAGCUUAGAAGUGAUACAGAAACUCCUGUAGUUGGACGGGUUGGUGUACGCGCAUUUGCCAGAAUGACAUCACCACCGGAAAAACAACCUGACAAACCAGCUGAAACGGUCGAAGUCGAGAUAAAAUCUGAACCCAUUGACUAUGAUGAUGCAGGCAGGCAAUCGGAGAAAAUGGAUUUAAUGAAUGCGUUCCACCUUCGUCCAGUCAACCCACAAAGUACGGGAUUACGGAGCGUACGAAUAAAUAAAGUAGUCGUUGCGCCAAUUGCAAGGAAAACUGUAUCGAAACCACCUGAAGUUCGAGUUAAAGCUAAGAAAACGUUUCCACAACCUAAAAAAGUUGACGAUGGCAGAUCGGAGUUAAAUAGUAAAAAUUCAAUGGUGUAUAUUCCCAUACAGCCUCCAAGUACGCAAGCUCCGGUCAGACCGACAAGACCUAUUACUGUCAAUGGAACGGCAAACACACAGAAUGUGAGGCCUCAAGCACCAACAAAUACCAGCAAUUCUAACAGCAUAGUCAAUACAAUGACGACACCAUUGAUACCGGGUGCUCUGACGUCAUCUCUCUCAAAUACAAUUCCAACGCCCACCGUAGCAUCGAACACAACAAACACGAUAUGCAUGCCCACUGUUGGGCAAGUUUCCACUAUAGGGCAAGUUCCGACUAUGGGGCAAGGUCCCACAGUUGGACAAGUUCCCACUAACGUGCAUACUGUGCCAUUGAUAACAUCUGUAAACGGACAGUGGACGUUUAGCUUGCAACCGAUUAUGUCAGUUGGUGGUAUUGAUGGUACGUCGUCACCUCCAGUCGUCAACGGUUUACCGGAACGGAAUAACCCACCAGUCAUACCUUCAGUUCAACCUACUCCAAUAUUGAGCACACAAUUACAGCCUGCUGUUAACAUACCAGCGGUGCCAGUACAACCCUCGACUACAAUCAGUAGUAGUACUGAAAAUACUCCAGGAGAGCCUCCAAGAUUGCAACAGCGACCAGCGCUUCUCAACCCUCUAGACUCAAACACCCCCAUAGGAUCUGUACCACCCCCAUCCACAGCUGGACCACUCACUGCCAAAUUAAACCAGAACGCUGUCAAGUUAGCUGAUUUCUUCCGGACUCUAUUAGAAGAUUCGUUAGAAAAAGUUGACGAACCGACGUCAUAUGCGACCACUCUCAAGUUACAACUGGAACAAAUGCAGUGGAGGCAUCAGCAGGAAAUCAAAGAGCUUAAACAUAACCAUGAACUUACCAUAACGGAAAUGAGAGCAUCUUUCGAAAAGGAUAAGUCUCGGGCGAUCAGUGAGGUGCGAAGGAAUGCGCAAGUCGAACUAGAAACUGCCGUUAAAGCUGCCAAGGCCAAACAGUGGUGUGCCAACUGCAACCAAGAAGCUCAAUUCUACUGCUGUUGGAACACGUCGUACUGCGACUAUCCGUGCCAACGAGCUCAUUGGCAGCAACACUUCGCUGUUUGCACGCAGCAGAAGAACCAAGAUAAUACCAACGAUAAUUCAAAUUUAAUAGAGAAAAGACUGCAACCAGCUCCCGAGAAUCUCCCAAAGAACUCACAGGCGCCGACACUAACUGUGGGAGGAAAGGUCGCCCACACGCGCGUUUUUGCUCAAGAUGCACAACAACAGAAGACUUCAAUAAUAGUGAGUAUGGUUGAGGACCAGAGUGGGAAUCAAACAGUGAAAUGUGUGGGCACGUACAAGCCAACCGGAACACAGCAGGUAUCACCGUUAAUCAUAAACAAACAAAUAAUGAACAAUGAAGAAAAUGCCGCUAAGAAAGUGGUAACGUCGGGUGGAUAUCUAAUCGUAGGCGCUGGUACAGGAAACCAGCCCUUAGUGACUCCAUCAAGACGCACGCACACCAUACAGUACUACACAUGAAAAACAUAUGAUAAUUCAUAGUGAUAAACCAAGCUUAGAAGUGUUUGUGAAGUGUCAAGUAUGGCAAAAGAACAUUAAAAAUUGAUGAAUUUAGUGUUCAAAUUGAAUGUUGUUGCUAAAUUGUUGUAUGUAUAUUGCCAUGAUUGAAUUUAGUAAGUAAAGCGUUUAAGCUUUGGAAAUGUGUCGCGAGUAUUAUAUGUAAAUACAUAAGCAUGUCAGAAAGGUAACGUCUCUGUAAGAUAGAUAAAUAAAAAUAAUUGACUUCUAUGUGACAUUGGCGAAAUCAUCUGUGCUCAUGCUCAUGGCACUAUUGAAAGCCAUUACCCUAAAGAAGAAGAAGAAAAUAAUUAAAAUAAUUGACAAAUUGUUAGUCAAAUCUGAUUAUAAUUAGGUAUGUAUAUUACAAAAGACAUCAAAAACAUUAUUUUCUAUUAUAUAUUAUCCAACAGACAUAAGUGGGUAUAACUGUUUAAUUUUAUGUAUUGUAACAAGAGAUUAUAUGCAUCGAUCAAGUAAAUGAUAAAUACAAUUAUUAAAAGGAA